AGAAGGAGAGGGAGGUUAAUCGACUGUAUGGGAAACGUGUAGAGGUGGUGAGGAAAUGUUACAGGGGUCUCAGCAUCUGUGGCCGGGCUUCCCUGCCUGAAAGACAUCAGUGACCUGCUUGAUGGUCACUUGAUAUCAAAAUGCAGGUAACGGAUGAAGGAGACCCUCAUCGCCGAGAGGUGGUUCGCUUUGCUGUGCUCUGUAGAGCUGGAACGCUGGUGCUCCAGGCCCUUUUCAACCUUCUGAUCCCAGAUCACGCUGCAGAGGCCUUCUCUCCGCCCCGCUUGUCUGAGCCCGGGGUCUGCGACCGGAUCGUGGAACGGCUGCUGGGAGGCCUGUCACACUGGGACGCCGAGCACUUCCUCUUCAUAGCUGAGCACGGCUACGUGUAUGAGCACAACUGCGCCUUCUUCCCCGUGUUUCCCUUGACCCUACGUGCAGCGGCGGGAACGGUGCUGCGGCCUCUCCGGGGUGUCCUGUGUUUCCGAAGCCGGCUGCUCCUCUCGGCCGCUCUGCUGAACACCCUGUUCUCUGUCCUGGCCUCAUGGGCCCUGUACGAGCUGGGCUGCGUUGUCCUGCGGUGCCGCAGGCAGGCUUUCCUGUCGGCCCUCCUCUUCUGCAUCACCCCUGCCAGUGUCUUCAUGGCCGCUGCUUAUUCGGAGAGCCUGUUUGCCCUCCUGGCAUUUGGCGCCAUGUGGCAGCUAGAGAAAGGGUGUGGGUGGAUCAGCGCCCUCCUCUUUUCACUAGCCAGCGGCGUGCGUUCCAAUGGUGUGAUCAAUGCUGGGUUCCUCGUUUAUGCCCAGGCAAAACUUUUUGUCUCUCAGCUCCAGGCGGCGACUGGAGUCAUGCUGCUGGUGACCGUAGGUCAACUUUCCACCUUAGCAGUGUCUCUGGCCUUGAUGUGCGCCUUCGUUUUCCUGCCCUUCGCUUUGUUUCAGCUCUAUGCCUACUUCUGGUUUUGCAGGGGCAACGUUGGCUCCGAAUACUUUGUGCCGAGGCCACUGCUGCAACUAGCUGUGGAUAUGGGGUACCACUUAGCCUUUCUGGAUGGUGCGAAACCACCCUGGUGCUCUUGGGAUUAUCCUAUGGUUUACACCUACAUUCAGGACGCUUACUGGAACGUGGGCUUUCUCCGCUAUUAUGAGGCCAAACAGAUUCCCAAUUUCCUGCUGGCCGCCCCCACGAUCGUGCUGGGCUCUUGGGCAGCGUGGUGCUACGUUGCUGCAAAUCCCUGGCACUGCCUAACUCUUGGCCUGGCCAGGAGAGAGACUGGAAGAACGACGGCAGAAUCCUCCUCGAAGCCUGCUGCUGGGUUUUGCGCUCCUGGCGUAUUCGUUUACAUUGUCCAUGCCACGGCUCUGUUGAUGUUCGGCACCUUUUACAUGCAUAUACAGGUUCUUACCAGACUUCUGGGCUCUUCCUCUCCAGUCCUUUACUGGUUCUAUGCCCAUCUGCUUCAUACCCACGAACCUUUGUUACAAAACAUGGACCCAUCCCCAUCACGCACUGGACCCCACUUAGAUCAACCCCCCUUGGGAAACACUUUUUCUAGCUGGAACGGAAAUGAAAACCCUGUGUGGCGACUACUGAAGAACUGGAGGCAGAGCACUGUUCUCACCAAGUGGAUUCUGGGAUAUAUUCUUUCCUAUUGGUUGCUGGGGCUAGCUCUUCACUGUAACUUCUUUCCUUGGACGUGAGCGCUUGGCCU